UGACAGGCAGCAUUUAGCAGCCUGUUCCAUCCGACACCACUCUCACGUCUAGCGUUGGAUAUUAGACAAAGCAAGAAAAAGCCCGCGAACAAACCAUAACAUCACUCUUGUUUGCUUCGCCAUCUUUCUCCUGAAAACACACACGUGAACCACCUGGAAAUCUCCCCUCACUAGAAGAGCCUUGCAGAGCCCGUGGUUCACUACAGGACUGAGAUUAUGAGUGAUCCGAUCUUGCAAUUUCAGGCCAUGAAUCCACAAAUGACGCGUAACGGAGGUGGGUUGUUCACCGAAGGGCGAACCCCUAGUCGCACCGAGAAGAAGGUUCGUUUUGAGGCAGCCCCUGGUUCACGAGGGGUUAGUGGUGGUGGCCUGACGUUCACUAACACCAAUCAUCAAGUCACGACUUCCGCCGGUACAGGAGUUACGUGCAGCACCAUCGAAAACACUCCUUUUACGAGCUCAAUCGGGGCUUCACCAUCUGCAGCUGUGACCAAUUUCAACAACAAUUCGGAGCUUUUUCGUCAGAUAAACGCCCUGCUGGAGAACUCACUGGAUUUGAAUAGCAUCUGCAUGAACCAGCAAAAGGCUGCUACUGGCCCAGGGGGCGUGUCUGGACUGUCGUCCCCGGGAGGCACCGGACUAGGAUUCGGUGGGCCUGGCCAGCCAGCAGGAGGCAACGGGAGUGUCAAUCCCCUGCAUGGACUCUUGCCUCCUCCGGGUCUACAACAACAAGCAGAAAGAAAUGAUCCUGGUAAUGUGCUAAACUUCCUUCUGCCAAAAACGCCAACCAAGCCCUUGUCUGGUUUCCCCAGCGAGAUGACCACUCAGAGCUUCGGACCCGUCUCCCCGAUAUCGCCAAACAGCCUGCCUCUCUCUCCGUCCGGUUUCCCGCCAUUUCUUGCAAAUGCCGUCAAGUCGCCGCUGUCCUCUCCAACCUGGAGCAGCUACUCGCUCUGCAGCAACCCCAAGGAUGCGCUCACCCUCUCCAAUAUAGACAAAUACCUGAGCGGUGCCUUGCAGCAGCAGCAGCAUCAUCAAAUGAUGAUGCAGCAACAGCAACAGCAGCAGCAAAUGCAGAUGCAAAUGCACCACAACCUGCAGUCGAGCCCCGUCCCGAGCUUGACCUCUCCGGAGAUAAACCGUACGGGGGGCUACCGUAAUUUCGGCGGGAGCGUAAGCAGUCCUGGAUCAUCCGAUUCGUCCAGUAUCUGGGAGCAUGUCUUCUCGCCGAUUGAUGGGCCAGGUAGUCACACUCGAAGCUCAAGUCCGACGGACUCGGACACCAGUGGAAUAAGCUCGACAUCGGCAAGCUCCGGUGAACCCCUGGCUGAGGGACUCUCAGAAAUGAUGGGUAACCUCAGUAUGGGUCUUCCUUACCACGCCCAGCCGAACAGAACUACAAUGUCACCAUUCCAGAAGCCUUCAAUGGGUUGCAACCUUCCUCCUCACGAUGAUCACUGCUUCAUACCACCCCACGGUGUACCCAUGGUGCCCCAGCACCCACUGGGCGACCAGAGAUGGCCCGGCGUGGAUUCGCUCCUGAGUACUCUGGCCAGUGAUCCCUGUAGCAUUGAAAGACUAGCAAGACUCAACAGACAGGCAGCAUCGAUGUGCGAAGCGACGUGUACAUGGAGCGGCGUUCUGCCGCCGCGGAACUAUAAGAAUCCAGUUUACUCUUGCAAGGUGUUUCUGGGUGGUGUGCCAUGGGACAUCACAGAAGCUGGUCUACAGAGCUGCUUCAAGCCGUUUGGGAAUGUUAGAGUAGAGUGGCCAGGAAAAGACGGCAAACAUCCCAAGUACCCUCCAAAAGGUUAUGUUUAUGUGCUGUUUGACAAUGAGAAAUCAAUCAAGGCAUUACUACAGGCUUGCACUCAUGACUUCCUUGGUGGCGGAGAGUACUACUUCAAGAUUUCUAGCCGAAGAAUGCGAGGAAAAGAGGUCAAAGUUAAUUCCACAGUGUCUGUCUGCUACCCCUCCCAAGAAAUCCAUCAAGACUACGAAAAGAUUGUUCAAGUCAUCCCGUGGGUGCUCUCAGACAGUAACUUUGUCCGGUGUCCAUCCCAGCGGUUGGAUCCUGACAAGACAGUGUUUGUUGGUGCACUCCAUGGCAUGCUGAACGCAGAAGGACUGGCACACAUCAUGAACGACCUGUUCGGAGGGGUGGUUUACGCUGGCAUCGAUACGGACAAACACAAAUACCCCAUAGGUUCAGGCCGUGUAACUUUUAACAACAGCAAAAGUUUCAUGAAGGCAGUCGGAGCAGCGUUUGUGGAAAUAAAAACAAGCAAGUUCACUAAGAAGGUCCAGAUCGACCCCUACCUUGAAGACUCACUCUGCAGCUUGUGCCACACCCAAACUGGUCCCUUCUUCUGUCGUGAGCAAACCUGCUUCAAGUACUUCUGCAGAUCGUGCUGGUUGUGGCAGCACUCCCUGACCCAGCUCCGUAGCCACAAGCCACUGAUGCGCAACAGCAAGACCAAGACUCCGGAUAUCUGCUAUGGGGUAUGAUGGAAGAAACUCCAUAUGAAGCACACCCUGUGUGUGUUCUUUGAGAGACUUGAUAAAUCUACGAGAAAUUGCUGAAUGCUGAAAAUCAGAAUGGAUGUCCACGCUUCCCUUUGAUUAGCUGUCAGGUCCAGGAGACUGCAUGCUGAUUGGUUUUGGCGACUGCAGAUGAGCGCAAGACUGAGCGCUGUAUCAUUUUUGAUUGGCCGGUUUUUAAAUUUUCUUUGAAAAGGUCAUUUGCAUGAUGAGUUUAAGGUGAUUGAUUGGAUCAGUUUAAACAUGUAGAAGUCUGAGUGGUCGCUUUUGUUGAAUCUGAUUUCAGUUGAUUCUGAUUUCAGUGAAGUUGAUUUGAUUUGGUGACAAUUGUACACCACUUUAGAAAGCAGCAUUGGCGCAAGAGACAAUGAAAAAAAAGAAGAGAUGUAACAAUUCUAUGAAGUAUAAUAUUUCAACGGAUGACCUAUGACCCCGUGUUUAAAAUGCUUGACUUCCAGGGGGUGAAAGCCUUUGUUAGAAACCUCCCUGUUUAAAUGGAGGAGAUGAGCAGAAUGCCCCUCCCCUCCUGUCAACUAUGGCUUGCACUCCCUGACAAAAUCACAGAAGUUGCAUGUUUUGAUAAAUUCUUAUAGUUAAAAAAAGUCUGAAGUCAAUGGACUAAUCAGAUAAAUCGUUUUAAAUAGCUCAUAUUUGGCAAAAUAAAAACAGAGUUUACCUUUUGCCAAAAAUAAUCAAGUUUAUAUUUUAAACUAUUCUCAUGUUUUCAUGUUUUUCAUCCCCAUUUUUUCAUGCUAAUCCUAGCAUAAAGUGUCAUUUUUUUAAGACAGACUCUUUAGUUUAAGCAGAAAAAAACCCAAAUCAAAAUAAGGUGAAAGUUUAAAAUGACUAAAUUGAGACUGAUUGUCAAAUUCGAUUGAUCGUGAAAAGAUGUUAUAAAGUAGAAAUAUUUGAGCUGAAAGUUUCAUGCAUGAUUCCUGAUAAAGUUUGACACCAACUUUAAAUGUUUUACCAUUCCCCAUACAAUCAAUCGUUCAGAUUUGAACAUUGGGGUUUUUAUUGAUAAUAUUAUUUUUGGAUUAAAAUAUUUUUUUAAUGAUAAACAUCUUUAGGGUAUUUAGAAAUCUUUAAAACCGUAACCACCUGAAAAUAAAUAAAUCAAACAUUGAAAAACGUUCUGAUAAUAAUCAUCUGGUUUACACGAUGCGGGCAAAGUGAUUUCAAAGAAGAUUUUUAAUAAUAUUUGGACAGAUGAAUUAAAUGUCUUCACCAAACCGGACGAAUUCGUAAUUUUUAUCUAACUAAAAAGCACAACAAUUCAAUGUUGGAAACCUGCUAAAAUAAAUGCCAUUUUUUAUUUGCGCAGAUAGCCCAAGUCCACUUAAAAUUAAGCUAAGCAUCUGCUUUUUACCCAAAACAGGCGUGUAUCUUUCCUCAAAGUUUUUUCAGAUCUUUUUAAACAAGUGAGCAUGUUUUUUUUAACGGAAUUCUGAAAUCUUUCCAAGAUGAUAAAGUGAAAUCUAAACGCAGUGUUGACUUCUACCUUUAAGCAAGAAAGGAAGGCGAUUUCGGUAGCAUUUUAGAUUUGAAUAACAAAAAAAAACCAUUUAUAUUACCUUGGAUACUUUUUAAAACUACAAUUUACCAGCAUUUAAUGUACAUAUUUGUUUUCUCUCAAAAAUCUCUACAUGCCAUGUACAACAAGACUGAAGAUGGGUCUAUGCUGAACGAAGAUGGUCAAUAAUUUUAAGUACUGUUUUAUAUAUGCCAGGGUGGAUACUGAAUUAUGUGCGGUUUAAGGAGAGUAUUUUGUAGCACUUUGUAAUUCACUAUUUUUGUCUUUGAUACUUUUACUAUAUUACCGAGACAAAGUCUUGUGUAUGUACAUUUAUUUGAUCAAAAGGAGACGAGAUGGAGACAAUUUAGCAAACUGAGUACUGUUUUGUAUUGAUUUUUUCAAGCUAUUUUUCUUAUCUGUGAAAAAUCUAACAGAACUAUUUUUUAUUAAUAGCGGAAGGGAAGUAAGCUCCGUUUGAUGUGCUACUGUGCAUGCAAGUACGAUGAGAAAUUUUUGAUUUGUUUAAGGAUUUAAUAGAAGAGAACUUUUAUUUUUUUGCAGAGCUAAAAAUUGUGAAUUCAGAAGCCUUAAUUUGCGAACAAACUUUGUAGAUUUGGCUGUUUUUAAGGGACAAAUUAAACGACAACAUGUAUAUUUUCAUUUAAAGGUAUUUUGUAAGCAAAAUAAACAAAAUGUAAAAUAUUUUUUUUUUUUUUGCCUAGCGCUUCCUGUAUCAGAAAUGAACAAAAAAGAAACAUUUGUCAUAAAACUACAAAUGAAAAAAAAAAAAGUAAUCUGAUUGUAUUAACUUUUUUGCAUGUCAUUUUGUGGUUGUUAUUUAAAUACCAAUGUUUAAGUGCCUUUAAGAGUUGUUGAUUUCAACUAUUGUUACAGUUUAAAAUUUGGCUUCAUUAGAACCCCACUCUUGUUGUGUGUUUAAAAAGCUAAAGGAGAACAGGUUGCUAUUUGCUCCAAAUUGCUUAAAUGUAUUGUACCUUCCCACGACUGGACCGAACUUGACUACGGAUUUUGCCUUUAAUUGCACCAUAUUCUUUUAUGUAAAUGAAGGUUAUUUAACAGACUUAAAGGGACACGUUGCCUUGGGUCGGUCGAGUUGGUCGUUGAAAAGUGUUUGAAACCUGUUUGUUAUGAAAUGCAUAUUGGUUGCACAUUUUUUCAUUUACGUUGCGAAGUAACACGGUCGGCCAUUCUAUGGAGACAAAAUUUUGACUCCAUAAAAUGGCUGAAACAACACAGUUCGCAAAGU